AUGAAAAGAAACUUCCAACGUCCUGCGCAGAUGGUGAUCUCCGGUUGGGCAGCCAUCAAGGACUACUUUCAGGAAGAAGUCAACGAGGCUGAUAAGCUACCGUUGGCAGUGCCAGGGGACGUCCCUAGUUACCGUUUCAUGAAUUUACUUCGCGCUCCCAUUCAUGUAACAAAGCGAGCAUGGGCCAUGGUUAAGGAUUUUUUGCAAAGGAAGAAAGACGAUCAGAAAGCACUCGUGGUCACCUCACCCGACACUGGAAUCUUUAAGCACUGGAUGACCUACAUAAACCACGUUACUUCUGUCAUGUCAAGGAAUGUAGUAAAGACACCAGUUCCCGAAGAAGUGGAUGACGAAGAUGACGAAAAGAAUGUCGACGACAAUAUUCUCCCGCCGAGGGUAUGGGAACUGGACCACAAAGGAAGGAAACAACUACAAGCCAAAAAGAACACUCCUAUCUCUCAAAUCAUAGGGGAGCAGGCCCGCACGAAUGCAGACCAGGAAUCUCCUGAGACUGAAAUGUCUGAGACAGAGGACAAGGAAUCUCCUGAGACUAAAAUGCCUCUCAAAAAAGUGUAUGGCGAAAGGAAAAUUAUCCAGCCGAGGACAUGGGGACUGAACCACAACAGAAAGAAACAACCAUCCUUCUUCCCUAUGAAUGAUACAAAGUCCACAGACGAGGCUUCUUCAGUUGCACACAAGGAUUCUCCCGAGACUGAAAUGUCUCCCAAAAAAGUGUAUGAGAGUGAAAUGUCUGAGACAGAGGACAAGGAAUCUCCUGAGAGUGAAAUGUCUGAAACGAGAAACGAAUUUUUUUCCUUUUCAGACGAGGAAGACCUACAUGAAGAUAUUCUUAAAGGCGAGACUGCACAAUUGAAAGACGAGUCUCUUUUCGUUGCAGACGAGACAGAGGACAAGGAAUCUCCUGAGACUGAAAUGUUUCCCAAAAAAGUGUAUGAGACUGAAAUGUCUGAGACACAGGACAAGGAAUCUCCUGAGACUAAAAUGCCUCUCAAAAAAGUGUAUGGCGAAAGGAAAAUUAUCCAGCCGAGGACAUGGGGACUGAACCACAACAGAAAGAAACAACCAGCCUUCUUCCCUAUGAAUGAUACAAAGUCCACAGACGAGGCUUCUUCAGUUGCACACAAGGAUUCUCCCGAGACUGAAAUGUCUCCCAAAAAAGUGUAUGAGAGUGAAAUGUCUGAGACAGAGGACAAGGAAUCUCCUGAGACUAAAAUGCCUCUCAAAAAAGUGUAUGGCGAAAGGAAAAUUAUCCAGCCGAGGACAUGGGGACUGAACCACAACAGAAAGAAACAACCAUCCUUCUUCCCUAUGAAUGAUACAAAGUCCACAGACGAGGCUUCUUCAGUUGCACACAAGGAUUCUCCCGAGACUGAAAUGUCUCCCAAAAAAGUGUAUGAGAGUGAAAUGUCUGAGACAGAGGACAAGGAAUCUCCUGAGAGUGAAAUGUCUGAAACGAGAAACGAAUUUUUUUCCUUUUCAGACGAGGAAGACCUACAUGAAGAUAUUCUUAAAGGCGAGACUGCACAAUUGAAAGACGAGUCUCUUUUCGUUGCAGACGAGACAGAGGACAAGGAAUCUCCUGAGACUGAAAUGUCUCCCAAAAAAGUGUAUGAGACUGAAAUGUCUGAGACACAGGACAAGGAAUCUCCUGAGACUGAAAUGUCUGAGACAGAGGACAAGGAAUCUCCUGAGACUGAAAUGUCUGAGACAGAGGACAAGGAAUCUCCUGAGAGUGAAAUGUCUGAGGCAGAGGACAAGGAAUCUCCUGAGAGUGAAAUGUCUGAGACAGAGGACAAGGAAUCUCCUGAGAGUGAAAUGUCUGAGGCAGAGGACAAGGAAUCUCCUGAGAGUGAAAUGUCUGAAACGAGAGACGAUUUUUUUUCCUUUUCAGACGAGGAAGACCUACAUGAAGAUAUUCUUAAAGGCGAGACUGCACAAUUGAAAGACGAGUCUCUUUUCGUUGCAGAUGAGACAGAGGACAAGGAAUCUCCUGAGAGUGAAAUGUCUGAGGCAGAGGACAAGGAAUCUCCUGAGAGUGAAAUGUCUGAGGCAGAGGACAAGGAAUCUCCUGAGACUGAAAUGUCUCCCAAAAAAGUGUGUGAGACUGAAAUGUCUGAGACACAGGGCAAGGAAUCUCCUGAGACUGAAAUGUCUCCCAAAAAAGUGUAUGAGACUGAAAUGUUUGAGACACAGGACAAGGUCCUGUAGCGCCUGGUAUAGGAAGAGAAUGCAAUCACAAGCGAAAUAAAUUGCA